AUGCCAGCUCUUCAGAAUAUGAACGUUGGCUUUAUUGAUGCACCAAACCUUAAUAGGAGAAUUGUGGAGUCUUCAGUAGGAUUAAGGGGUUAUGGACCUUCGGCAAAGGGCACCUCCAGUCAUAAGGCUAUCUUGCAAAAGAAUGAUGGAAGAAGCAAUCGUCAAGCUUCGGGUACCGGUGUGGUACUUGCCGAAGGCUUUUCAAUGCUUAAGUCAGCAAGUGCGGGGUACACAAGGAAUUGGGGUGAAAAUUUGCACAAAGUUUCAAUGUGGGACUUUGUGCAAAUCACUGUGGUAGUGACACGUGUCCAAGGCUUAGGUUCUACCAUUUGGAGCUUCGGUAGUCGCCUUCAAAGUGUCUUACUAUUAGCAGGUUGUGAAUCUGUCGGCGCUUCAGCCCCUUAA